GGGCGACACGCUUUGGGGAGGCGCCCUUUUAGGACGUCAGCGCGGCAGCCUGGAACCCAGCACUGUGAGGGGCGUGGCCUGGAGGAGCCGUUACCCUCGUGACCACUGUCUGGGUUGCCCAGGCUAGCUGCGGGCGUAGAGAGGGAAAGGUGUGCGCGAAGAGAAGAAACCGAGACGGCUUGUGGCACCCCCAGGCCCCGGCCCCCUGGGGGCUGAUGGGUGGCCAUGGACCGGUACCUCAAUAACUGCUACAAGGCUGCUCAGGCCGCUGCCUCUAAGGCGGCCGCCAGAAGCCGAACUGCCAACAGGGAGCAGUGUGGCUCCGGCUCACAAAAAGACCCCAUCCCAGAGAUCGGAGCCACUAAUCUGUUGGAUCUUCCUCUGGGGGUCAAGCUUCCAGUUGUUCCUGGAAGUAAUAAUGUUUUCUAUACUACAAAUUUAAGUGAAAAGCUUUAUAAACCUUCUUAUGACUUUAACCUGUCUGAUCCUUACUGUCGGCUGCUGGAAACUGGCUAUAAAAGCCUGCACGAUCCACAUUUAAAAUCAUACUAUAGGCGAAAAGAUAUCUUGAGGAGAUUAAAGAAAGGCGGCUAUAUCACCAGCAAUAAUAAGGUUGUAUGCACCUUGAAGGAAUUGAAUAAGUACAGGCAGUAUCUCACCAGUUUGAAAUUAGACUCUGAAAGAAACUAUGUAAGGGAACAAGAAAUGAUUGAAAAACAAGUAAAUAAAUUGUAUAAAACCAAGACAGCCUGUGACAGUCAUGGCAGUACACAGUUCCAAGGUUGGCUGUUACAAGAAAAUAAACAAACAACUCCAGACCAAGAGCUGUUGAUAAAGCAAAGAAAUUUAGAUAUGACUAGCUUGGAAUUAAACAAGCUUGAACACACGGCAGAAAAGCAGAACGUACUCCGGAUAAAGGAAGAAGAAAGACGACAUCGGGACCACGUUAGAAGAAAACUUAGUCUCUGGAGACAAAUUGAAGAAGAAUGGAAAACCAAAGAAAUGUUACUGCUGUCAAAGAUUGGAGAAGAAGUAAACAGAGAAUUGAGAUUUGAAGAACAACGUAAAAAAGUCAAAGAAGAUGCUCACCAUAAGAAACAAGCACAACUCGAGAAAAAAAUCACUUAUUAUUUACAAAAAAUGCAAAGGAAUUACCUUCAGAGAGAAGGAUCAGAAGAAAAUGUAUUUGCAAACAGAAGUCAAGAUGAAACAGAAGGUGAGAGAGAAACAAUGAAAGACAAAGUGACUGAUGAAGAAUCAUCACAUGCAAAGCUCAAAAGUAUGGAAAAAUAUUUUACAACUUGUGUCACUAAUGACUGUCAUAAUAUAUGCAAAGUCUUAAAAAAGAGACUGUGUGAGUAAGAAUAUCAAGUACAAUUGUGUGUGGUAUGGGAGAGAUUGUAAAAGUACAAGUCAGUAAAGGACAGUAAACAUACAUAGAUGAUUGAUAGCCAGAUAGACAGCUAGGCAUGUAGGUAUGUGCAAAGGAAGACAAAUAUAUGAUCGAAGAAAGAAAAGACAGAGAUAGAUUCAUCCAAACAUGCACACAUAUAGAAAGGACACUCAUAGGCAGAAGCCAAUAAAAAAGAAAGAAAAACUUAGAAAUGGAUGGAAAGAAUGAUUUAAAAAGAGGACACUAAAAGAGAAUAAAAGGAGAAUGGAAGGGGAAAAGUUAGAGACAGAGGAGGAAAGGAAAGAAGGAGGAAAGAGGAAAGAAGGAAUUAAGAAAGGUAGAGGGUGAAGCACUGAGGGAGAGGAUGGGAAAACAACAUUAUUGAAUAAGAAAGAAACGAGAGAAGAAAGGAAAUAUGAAGGGAGCAAGAGAGUGGGGAGGAAAGAAAGAAUCAAAGAAGGGAAGGGGACAGAUAAAAAGAAGACUGAGGCAGGAAAGAAACAGAGGUUAUGGAGUCGCUAGGAAAAAGAGUAAAAUCAAAAGAGAAAAAAUGUGAGUGUGAGAUGAGAGUGAUACAUGGGUUCAACCCCUGAUCUGGGAGGAUCCAACAUGCUAUGGAGCAACUAAGCCUAUUU